AUGAAGCGUUUUUUGACACCGAUGUUUGAUGUUUCGAAAAACUCUUUAUCCACCAAAAAAAAUAAAAAAUCAACUAUAAUCUAUGAACCUAUUGAAGAGACUAUUGAUGAACCUAGUGCUAUAAUGUCUAGUUUGAUUGAUGUUGAAGAAAAUAAUGUGUCAGCUGCAUCAUCCGUUACUGUAAAAUUAUCAAAGCAUUACUUGUUUGAUGGUAAUUAUUAUAAAAUUACUUCAUGUGUGGACGAUAAAUUAUUAGCUGAAUGCCAAUUGUGUAAAAAACCAAUAAACGGUCAAAUAAAUUCUACUGGCAAUUUUCUAAGUCAUAUUAAGAAGAAGCAUUCAUCAAUAUUAUCCAAAUUGAAAAUAAGUAAAGAUGAAAAGAAGAAAAUUAAUAAUGCUAGUUCAUGCUUUAAAGAUAUACAGCCAUCAUAUUCUGGAAGCCAACAACAAAAAAUACCACAGUACACACAACAAAGGCAAAUAUCAAAACAAACAAUCAACAACUUGGUCUUUGAUUAUGUAGUCCAAGAAAUGAGACCAUUAGUAACUUGUCAAAAACCAGCAUUUAGAAGAUUGAUAAUGGGCCUUACUGGAAUAACAGAUACAGCGUUACUCCCUGAUACAAAAGAUUUGAGUAAAUUGUUAAAAUUAAGUUAUACUUCUUAUGUUACUAUGUUAACUGAUUUAAUAUCAAAAGUAUCAUUUAUUUGUACAACAGCAGACAUAUGGUCUAGUAACAAUAAAAGUUAUUUAGGUAUGACUUGCUACUUUCUCGACGAAAAUACUUAUAGCAGAUACUCGUAUGUUCUUGGUUGUAGGCGCAUAAAGGGCAGUCAUACUUACAUGAAUAUAGCACAGGUUAUGAAUGAAGUCACCAAAUCGUUUAAAAUUAACAAUUCCAAAAUAUCGCAUACUGUGACCGAUAAUGCUUUAAAUUUCGGAAAAGCGUUCUGA